GAUUUGGCAGGGCCUAGUCAACUAAAACAAUGCGACUUGUUCUGUACAUCUGUCUCCUCUGGCUCUCCACCAGUGGCCUCUGUAAGGACCACAACACCACCUACACUGCUGAUUGUUCAAGGAGCCAUUACCGAAGACUGGCAGCCACUAAUGUUGACUUUGCCUUCAACUUGUAUCAGCAACUAGCGGCUUUGAAUCCUGAUGAGAACGUCUUAAUAUCCCCAGUGGGCAUCUCCAUAGCCUUGGCCAUGCUAUCCCUGGGCCCUUGGGGCCACACCCAGCCUCAGCUUCUCCAGGGCAUGGGCUUCAACCUCACAGAGACACCUGAAGCUGAGGUCCACCAGGACUUCCAGCACCUCUUUCACCUUCUCAAGCAUUCUGACACUGGCUUAGAGAUGAAAAUCCACAACACCAUAUUCUCUGACCAGAAAAUAAACCUGCAUGAGUCAUUCAAAGAAAAUAUUAAAUACAAUUAUACAUCAGAGUUCUCGAACAUCCCUUUCAAGAAGUGGAUUAAAGAUGCGCAGCCUGCUAAGAGUGAGACACAGGGGGGAAGUGCACAGAUGUCCUCCAACCUGGAUAGUUCCGCUACCCUCGUCCUGCUCAACGACAAUGUCCUCAAAGGCAUGUGGGAACUUCCCUUCAACCCAGAAAAUACCAAAAAGAAGGAUUUCUAUGUUCUUGAGAAGCACACAGCGACGGUACCCAUGAUGGUUCAGUCGAGCAAUAUCGGUUAUCUUGAUGACUCAGAGAUCCCCUGCGAGGUGGUAAAGAUGAAAUCCGUGGGAAAUGGAACUACCUUCCUCAUCCUUCCAAAGAAGGGACAGAUGAACACUGUCACUGCCGCACUUCAUCGGGACACAAUUGACAGAUGGGACAGGCUUCUGACCACAAGGCAGGUGACCUUGUACGUCCCGAAAUUCUCCAUGUCUAGUAACUAUGACCUUAAAGAUGUGCUGGCAGGCAAAGGCAUUGAAGCCUUGGUCACAAACCAAUCCGAUUCAGGCAUCUCCGGGACAUCAACGGUGGUCCACAAGACCACGCUGCAUGUGGAUGAGAGCAGUGCACUGCCUGUUGCUACCAAGGGCGUUCCCCUACCCACGACAUCUGAGCCACCAGUCACCAUCAUGUUCAACAGGCCCUUCAUUGUUGUGAUGUUUGACGACUGCACGUGGAACAGCAUGGUGAUGAGCAGAAUCAUGAAUCCGACCUAAGAGCAUGUCCAGAGAAACCACGGCA